AUGCGCUUUUCGCGAGGAUCGACGUGUGUCAUGGAACGCGAACGUGCACGAGGCGCGUAUACGAACAGCGUUGAUCCAAAUCGAUCAACGACGAUGCGAUCGAGUCGAUGGUGUGCAGUUUUCCUUGAUGGUACUCGCGAUAUCCCCACCGUAGAACGCGAACAAGUUGUCGAUCGCAGGGGAAUCGGGACUUCCCCUGUCAGCUAACGUUAGGCCAAAACUUGGUCGUUUCGAGGUAUUCGCCGUCAGCUUUCUUGCUCUUUUCGAAAAUUUGUUCACCUUGAUCGUCCCGUUUCCUUCGAAAUUGAAGCGCAACGUAUACGGGUUCGUGCCUGGCUGACACGCGCAAUCCGAUUCGACUCGAAUCGAUCAAGACUCGAUUCGAUUAGAUCCAACUCGAUACGAUCCAAUCCCAUUGGAUCGAACACCAUUAGGCUGAAUCGAUUUAACUCCAUCCGAUUUGAUUCGACCAUCCACAGAGUUCUAUUUCUCUCUCUCUCUCUCUCUCUCUCUCUCUCUCUCUCUCUCUUUCACACACACAUACGCACACACAUGUAUAUGCACAUGCAUACAUACUUCGUUAUGCAUGCUCUCAUUCUCACUCUAUCGGUUCUUUCGCUCUUUCGCUUUCUCGCUCUGUCGUUCUUUUCGUCGAGUGCCCUCUUUGUUAGCUCCACUCUGCUCACUGGUCUCCUCUGUGUACAUAAUGCACACCAGCCUCGCUACCGAUCUUAGAACAGUGGUCAACGCGUACACGAUCCUAAUCGGCAAACGGUGAAAUUUGAAGGAAUCUUUAAAGGAACUGCGAGUAAUAAAAUAAUUUGUAUAUCGUUGGGAUUUGCAGCGGUUAAACAAGUGUUGGCUGUGUUGUAAAUUCCCGUUUAUGUCACUUGUUCUGUGAAAGUACAAGCAAUCGUGAUAGCCAACGAGUUUCUAACCUCGACCGCAGUAUUACGAGUAUACAAGUGUGACACGAAAAAAGUAACGCGCGAAGGGACGUUCGAUUCGAGAUUCGAGCUCCGAAGAGUCGUCGAAGUUUCGAGAACGAUUCGACCGAAGAUUCGUUCAGCGGAGGAGUUUGGCUUCGCGCGGUACCAACAUCAAGAAACGGGAGAGGGAUGAAGAGUAGGAAAUCCGAUGAUGAAAUUCGUGAAGAAAUGGCGAAACAUCGACGACACAUCAACGAAUACGAGUUGACGGAAUACGUGGACGAGACGGCGGCGGACUAUGGGACGGAAAGGAAGGCAAGAUGCGUGAAAGUGGUCGGGGAGAGCGUGGAAGGGUACGAUGACCAAGCAUCGAUCAGGCUGAUGCGAAUCGAGAGCGGGAGAUCGGUAGCGGCGCAACUUUUUCGACAACAGCAACAACUGGACGAUCAGGAGAGGGAACGGCAAAGACAACGACAACGGCAACCGCAACGCCACCAACAGUUACCUUACGAAAAGCAUGGAACCGAAGAAGGCGGGGACAUUGUAGGCGGGCUGGAGGCGGGACAGCAGGAAAUUGAAAAUGGCGCGGUCGAAGAGGCGAAUAACGCGGAACCGGUAGUUACGAUUCUCGUCUCGACGGAACAGGAAAACGACAUGGACGCCGCUUACGGCGUGCACACGCUCAACUUUGUCAACCAGGAUUCCGACAUCGGAGAAAGGGGUUAUCGCGAACAGGAAUCGGGCGAGUACGGGGGCGGUGAUACCUCGAAACAGGAGGAGCAGCAACAACAGCAACAGGUCUCCCAACCCUUUCAUCAGCACCAACAACAGCAGCGUAGGCAGCCGCAGUCGCUGCAGGAUCACCACCUUCACCCCCACUACGAUUACGACCACGACCACCACCACCACCACCACCACCACCAACACCACCACCAACAACAUCGGUCGGAGUACGUUCAACUAGGGGCGAGAGAAGUAUCGGUUACCGAGGGUGGGGAUAACGGACGUUCGGGCGAGGUCUGCGCGUUGUCGGCGGAAAAUCGGGCCGGCAGUCACGCGCUUCGCUCUACCAUGCAUCGUUAUGGUAGCGAGUCGCUCUCGCCGACCGCGACCGAUCACCACCACCACCAGCACCAUCACCACCACCACUCUCAGCGCCACCACCAUCAACAGCACCAUCAUCACCAACAGCAGCAGCAGCAGCAGCAGCACUUACAAUCGGACACGACCCAACAAAGUGUGGUGCUCUCUUCGGCAAGUCAUCGUCAUUUGGAGGAACAAGAGGCACAGUCGCACUCGCAUUCGCUCUCGCACUCGCACACGCACUCGCAAUCGUUGCCGCAUCAAGAGACGGAUGACGAUACGGAGAGAACUAGUGGAAUUACCGCAGCGAUGAGAGGAGCUCGUGGAGAUUUUACCCUUGGUAUGUUGUUUCCGAAUCUCAACACCACCGGUGCGACAAGUUCGGCCAGCGACGUCGGUGCGAACGACGGCGGCCAUCCGCAACAGCACGGUCAUCAUCAUCAUCAUCAUCACCACUUGGAAGAGGUGUUACCGGAUGCCGCGUACCUCCAACAUCAGAUACGGGUAAGUGGAGGUGGAGGAGGUACCGGUAACGGUAACAACGGCGGUGCAGAUGGCGGGGGCGGAGGUGGCGGUAGCGCGGAGGGUAAUGGUGGCGGUGGUACUGGCAGCGGCGGCGGACGUUCACCGACUCUCCGAACCGGCAGUUCACCGGGUUCCAGUCGAAGUCCUCACGACGAUCAACAAUUGUCGUCGCCUCAUCGUCAAGGACAAUCGGAGGGAGGAGGAUACAGCCCGAGCGAGCACGGUAGGCAGUCCUAUGCUCACUUGACCGCUAUGCAGCCGCCGUCCUCGGUUCAGGCCAACCACGGUCUCGGCCAGGACACCAACGAUCGCGUAUCCGAUCAGCUAUACAUGGACUCGAUAUACGCUCAUCAUACGGUAGGAACGCCUCAUCAUCAUCAAGAUCACGAGGCAGGCUCGUCGACGCCGCACUCGCCUACAGGCCCGCUUUCCAGUCCGUUGUAUCGUUCGAUGAGCAGCGUAACCGGUAUGGCAGCGGCCAGCGCCACAGGAACCACUGGUGCUUACGGGCUUCCUUACAUGACAGGCAGUCCCACGGAAUUGACCGCCACGCCGCAGCAGUUAUGGAACGCGCAAGGCUUAGGGACGACAGGCCUUUCAGCAAUUGCCGAGGAUUACGGCAGUAGUGGAAAAUCGUCGGGUACGGUGACUCAUCAGGCCUUGCCAGCCUUUUCACAACCGUUCUGCGGCAGGCCGAGUUUUCGAGGAUACAGCCCGUCUUAUUCGACGCAGCAAAACACUACCGGAGUAGGAGCCACCGUCGAACCAUCGACCUGGAGCUAUGGUUCGCCUUCUAACGACACCCUGGCUACUCAAUAUGCCGCUCCUUCCAGGCGACAACCCGUUGUCAAUUCUCCUUCGGCCCCGGCGCAACAUCAGCUGACAGCCACCGCCAGCCUUAGCGCAAUGCACAACAUCGAGGCGGAAUACUUUACGGAGGGCCGCGAGUGUGUAAAUUGCGGAGCAAUUUCUACUCCGCUAUGGCGACGAGAUGGAACGGGCCACUACCUGUGCAACGCGUGCGGUCUCUACCACAAGAUGAACGGAAUGAAUCGACCCUUGGUGAAGCAGCCACGGCGACUGUCCGCUUCGAGACGAGUAGGCACGUCGUGCAGCAAUUGCCAAACGACGAUGACGUCGUUAUGGCGCAGGAACACGUUAGGUGAGCCCGUUUGUAACGCAUGCGGGCUCUAUUUCAAAUUGCACGGCGUGAACAGGCCUCACGCUAUGAAAAAGGACAGCAUUCAAACCAGGAAGAGGAAGCCCAAGAUGAAAUCGACCGAUGCGACGGCGAUUGCCGGCACCGUCGCGUCCUGUACAGGCAACGGUGAGGUGGUUCUCGAGGGAGAUACGCGCGGCUUCGUCCCGGGGCCCGGUGAUAUCGUGCCUAUGCCUGUUGGACGCGGACUUCGUAUGAUGGCACCGCGAGUCGAGUCCACGCGCUCGGGAACGUCUACCACGAUAGAGUGCGUUUCCGCGAGCCACGGCUCGUCCGCUCGUCACAACGGCAAUACUGGUAUCGCUGCAGCUAACAGCAACAACAACAACAACACCAGCAACAACAACAACAAUAACAACAACAACAACAACAACAACAACGUAAAAUUGGAGCCAGGCACGUACGGAGAAUUGAGGAUGAACCACACGGCAGUGCCUCAGGUGAGCUACGGCAGCAAUCUGUACGGUAGUCCACAGUCGGCCAGUCGAAUCGUCUCCUAUCAAUCGGAGAUGUAUUACGAUAUGAUCGCCUCGCAGCAACAGCAGCCUCAACAACAGCAGCAACAACAGCAUCAACAUCAGCAACUGCUCGAGACGCACUCGCCGAAAGUCGAGUGCCCGUCACCUCCUUGCGCAAACCGAUCGCCGGUUAUGAUAUCCGCGAGUCAUUCUCCCGAUCAUCAUCAACUCGCCUCCCCGCAUAUCGUAACGCUUGGCAAUUCGUCACCCAACACGGCGGCCACUAAAAUUAUCCUCGACAACGGUCACCUGGACAGACCGACCGUUGUCUCGAUAUCGUCGUAAAGCCCGUUCGUCGGCUAACGUUUGACGCUGACACAUCUGCAGCGUGGCCGCGAGACACACGAGACGAGGACGUAUCGUAAUUUCGAAGCAGAUGCGAAAAAAGAGGAAAGGAGGCUGACAACAAUUGUUUAACGAAUGGGAGAAACGAAAGUCUAUUACUCCUAUUCCUAUUACUAUUACUCGCGGUUCGCGAUUCACGAAUAGGAGGACGAAAGGAAACGGAAAAUAAAAAGAAAUUUUCUGUCGUCGUUUCUUUUCGUUCUUGUUGGUGUGUAUGCACUGUCCGCGCAGCAACGAGAAGGAAAGUAGCGACAACGAUAAAGUAGACGAAAGGACGUCGUUGACUAGCGCGGGACUAGUUAUUUGUACUUUUCGUAAACCUUUUUGUAACUCUAAAAUCAGCGAAAGGAGUGGAAAAUAGGAGUACAUUUCGAACGUUAAAGAACUAUCUAGCAACGUUACGCAUACCUGUAGGAAAGUAUGAAACGAUUUCGCCGAAUGUAUGUUGUUUGAAAAGAUCGAUUUGAGAGAAUGGCAGUUGGAAACUUUUUGUGUAAAUACAUAUUAUUAGAAAGUAAUAAGCGUAGAUUCGAAGCGCGAGAUGUGCGCAUCGAAUCGCGAAAGCAUUGGAAAACUAAAAAUAAUCGUUAUCUAUCGCGAUCUAAUUGUAGCAUCGCGUCACCUUGCGGCGUUCAACUCGUUCAACUGCACUACGACAUAUAUAUAUAUGUAUAUCACGAUACGAUACAGAAAAUUGUAAUUUUAUAAUGCGUUACGAUAAUGUAAUUAUGUGUGGGCAACUGAACAUCGACGAUCAAGGGUUGCAUGUUAUGUUCAAACAUGUUGCUAUAUUUUAAAAUUGUGCUGUAUCGUAUCGGUUAUUUUUAAAUAAAAAGGGAUAUUUAAAUCGGA